CUCUUUAGCUUUAUUUUUGCCAUUUCUUCCUUACGCUUCUUUACUUGCUGUUGGUGCUUAUAACUUUUCAUCAUUUUCUAUUUCCUUCGCUCCAUUCGGUUUCAAUCUUCAUCUCUGAUCUCACUCUUUAUUUAUCUAAUCACAAUUCUCUGUAAUUCUCUGAUCCCAAAAGCCCAAUGGCUAGAUCAUUGUUGCUGCUUGCCCUCUGCGUGCUUCCAGCACUUGUGAGCGCCGCUCGCCCUGCCAGAAACCCAUUUGAGUUGGAGGGCCGUGUGUACUGUGACACUUGCCGUGCUGGUUUCGAGACCUCCAAAACCACGUACAUAGCUGGUGCUAAGGUUAGAGUGGAAUGCAAGAACAGGAAGACAAUGGAUCUUGUAUACAGCAAGGAAGGAACAACAGACUCAACAGGAACUUAUAAGAUGUAUAUUGAUGAGGACCAUCAGGAUCAACUCUGUGAUGCUAUGCUAAUCAGCAGCCCCAUCAAGGACUGCAAGUCACCCUCAUCUGGGCGUGAUCGUACCCGUGUUAUCUUGACCAAUUACAAUGGCAUUGCAUCGAACAAGCGUUUUGCCAAUGCUAUGGGUUUCAUGAAGGAGGAGGCCAUGUCUGGUUGUGCUGAGCUUCUCAGGCAAUACCAGGAGUACGAGGAUUAAGAUUUUUAUUUCAAGGCCUACUCAGAUGAACCUAGUUAUCUUUGCUCAGGUCUAUUCAAUUUAUGUAUGAUUACUAUUAUUAUUACUGUAAUCUGAAUUGAUAGGUUCUUUCAGUGUUUAGAGUCUGUUAAUGGAUUCUUGUUUGAAUGGUAAUGUAUGUAGUGCCAAUUGGCUUGAAUUUCUUA